AUGAGAUUUACUACAUUUUCUAUUUUAGCAGGCCUGCUUCUACCAGGCCUCGCAAUUGCGCAAUUAUCUGGAACCGUCGGUCCAUCAACCAGCACCGCACACAAAACUGCGACCAAAAUAUGUAACGUCCUCAACUAUGGAGCAAUUGCCUCAAAAACAUCGGAUCUUGGUCCUCCUCUCGCAUCCGCCUGGGCUGCGUGCAAAUCGGGUGGACAAGUAUACAUUCCUCCUGGAGAUUAUGGGAUGUCGACCUGGGUAUUACUCAAGAGCGGGACGGCAGUUUCAAUAAACCUUGAUGGAAUAAUCUACCGCACGGGGACAGCUGCUGGAACCAUGAUCUUUAUCGAACACACUACCGAUUUUGAAAUGUACAGCAGCACAUCCAAGGGCGCUGUCCAGGGCUACGGCUAUGUUUUCCAUAAAGCAGGGGCUUACGGGCCCCGUAUCCUACGAUUAUACGACGUUACCAAUUUCUCCGUCCAUGACCUCGCUUUGGUGGACUCUCCAGCUUUUCACUUUUCUAUCGACACGUGCUCGAAUGGGGAAGUAUAUAAUAUGAUCAUCCGAGGUGGCAACGAAGGAGGCCUCGAUGGAAUCGACGUGUGGUCGACAAAUAUCCAUAUUCAUGAUGUCGAAGUGACGAACAAGGACGAGUGUGUGACCGUCAAGAGCCCUUCCAAAAACAUUCUCAUCGAGAACGUUUUUUGCAAUUGGAGUGGUGGCUGUGCAAUCGGCUCCCUCGCGGCAGGAACCGAUAUCUCGGAUAUCGAAUACAACCACGUAUACACCCAAAACUCCAACCAAAUGCUGAUGAUCAAGUCCAACGGCGGAAGUGGAACUCUCAAGAACGUAAUCUUCCAAAACUUUAUGGGACACUCCAACGCCCACGCCAUCGAUUUGGACUCCGCUUGGUCGUCUAUGAGCACUGUAGCAGGCAAUGGUGUUGGUUAUUCCAAUAUCACAUUCGAUUCUUGGCACGGAACAGUCACAAAUGGCGCUAAUAAACCUCCUGUGCAAGUUUUCUGCCCUGCUGCCGUUCCAUGCACGGGCAUUACGAUCUCCAACAACUUUAUGUGGACUGAAGCUGGUAGCAAGGUAUUACAGAAGUGCUCGAAUGCUUAUGGUAGUGGUGCAUGUCUGUCAUCCGGAGCAAGUCACACCAGCUAUGCGACAGUUACGAAAACAAUCACAAGUGUGGCUAGUUAUGCAAUUACAACUAUGCCAGGAGAGAUUACUGCUGGACUGGGGAUCAGUACUAGCAUCGCGAUUCCGGCUGUGCCUACAACAUUCUUCCCAGGUGCCAAGCCAGCAAAGGCUUUACUUGGUGCAAGUUAG